GUAGACUGCGGAGGAAACGGCGCGGUGACAGGACCUAAGAUCUAGGUUUUUAUUCUGUGAGACUCUGAAGAGACGCUGAAAUUAAAACCUGAUCUAGUCGCGUGUUUAUCUCAACUGAAUUAGAAGCAGGUGAAAGUGGAGACUUUGAGCUUUUGGAGCUGAUUCAACUCCACUGCAUAGAAUAGACUUCUUUUUAUUGUUGUUUAUUUUGCUGUUGUUUUUUUUUUCCUUCUUCUUCUUCAUCUUCAUCGUCAGCAGCAGGAUGAGUCAAUGGAAACAAAUCCAGCAGCUGGACAUGAAGUUCCUGGAGCAGGUGGAUUACUUUUAUGAUGAUAAAUUUCCCAUGGAGUUGAGACAGGUGCUGGCGAACUGGAUCGAAAGUCAGGACUGGGAAACAGCGAUGAACCAUGAAGCCAUGGCCAUGGUGCUGUUCAACAACUUCCUGAUCCAGCUAGAGAGACACUGCACUCAGGAGCCGAACUUCCUGCACAGACACAACCUGAAGAGAAUAUUCCAGCAUAUACAGCUGAAAUACAAAGCCAACCCUCAGCACCUUUCAGCCGUGAUCUCCAACUGUCUGAGAGAGGAGAGACGCAUCAUAUCCGCCGCUAGCAUGCAGGAGCAGGGUCCCUUGGAGAAGUCGAUGCAAAAUUCAGCAGCUUUGGAGAAGCAGAAGAACCUGGAUAACAAAGUGGCGGUGAUCCGUAGCAGCGUGCAGCUUCUAGACCAGGCAGUGAAGUAUCUGGAGGACAUGCAGGAUGAUUUCGACUUUCGCUACAAAACCCUCCAACUGCGAGAUCCAGUAGAGAGAAACUCUCAGAACAUGAAGCAAGAAGUCAUGACCCUUCAGGAAAUACUCAACCGUCUGGACUUCAAGAGAAAGGAGAUUUUGUCGAAAAUGGGAGAUGUGCUGAAGGAAAUAGACAGUCUGAUAGUCUCUCAGCUGAUGCCGGAGCUACAGGCGUGGAAACGUCGGCAGCAGAUUGCCUGCAUCGGAGGCCCGGUCCUGGCCGGACUUGACCAGCUCCAGAACUGGUUCACCCUGACAGCCCAGAGUCUGUUCCAGAUCAAACGUCAGCUUGACAAACUGGGUGAGCUGAUCGUCAAAGUGACGUACGAGAGUGAUCCCAUCCCUCUGCAGAGACCUCAGAUGGAAGAACAAGUCAAAUAUCUAAUAUAUCACCUCAUCAAGAGUUCGUUCGUUGUGGAGAAGCAGCCGUGUAUGCCUACACACCCUCAGAAACCGCUCAUCAUUAAAACUCAGGUGCAGUUCACCACAAAAGUCAGACUGUUGGUUAAACUACCCGAAGUGGAUUAUCAGCUUAAAGUGAAGACGACAUUCGACAAGGACCUCCCAGCCGGCAAAGUCACCAGGCAAUUCUUCAUCCCUACCAACAACACGAAAUUGAUGGAUGUAGAAGAGUCGUCCAACGGAUGCUUGUCUGUGGAGUUCAGACAUCUGCUGAAAGAGAAGAAAUGUACAAACGGAACCAAAGGAAAUGAGGGUCCACUCACAGUAACGGAGGAGCUCCACUCGCUCAACUUCGAGGCCAUGCUGUGUCUUCAAGGCCUGGAUAUCGACCUGGAGACCUGCUCCCUGCCGUUGGUGGUGAUCUCUAACGUCAGCCAGCUGCCUGCAGGCUGGGGGUCGGUCAUGUGGUACAACCUGCUGACAGAUGAUCCGAAGAACCUGGCGUUCUUCAGUAACCCACCCAGAGCCAGCUGGAGUCAGCUCUCCGAGGUCAUCAGCUGGCAAUUCUCUAGCUUUGCUGGUCGUGGACUUAAUAAAGAGCAGCUGAGCAUGCUGGGAGAUAAACUUCUUGGUCAGAACACCUCCUAUAACGACUGCCAGGUUUCUUGGUCCAAAUUCUGCAAGGAAAACAUUCCAGGGAAGUCUUUCAGCUUCUGGCUGUGGCUCGACUCCAUCCUGGAGCUCAUUAAGAAACAUUUACUUCCUGUUUGGAUUGAUGGAUACAUCAUGGGGUUUGUCAGUAAGGAGAUGGAGCGUGCUCUGCUGAAGGAUCGGGAGUCUGGAACAUUCCUUCUGCGCUUCAGUGAAAGUCACCUCGGAGGCAUCACCUUCACCUGGGUGGAGCAAGAAAACGGUGAGGCCAAGUUCAUUUCUGUGGAGCCAUACACCAAAAACCGCCUCAGCGCGCUUCCCAUUGCUGAUAUCUUACGGGAUUAUAAGGUUAUUGCGGACGGGAUCGUCCCUGAGAACCCACUGAAGUUCCUUUAUCCCGACAUUCCUAAAGACGAAGCUUUCGGAAAACAUUACAACAGUCAGCCGAACAGAGUUUGUCCGUACAUCCCGACUAUUCUGAUUCCCAUCUCUCUGAACACCACUCCUCCUCCCUGCUCCUCUCCGGAGCCACCAUUAUCCCCGGGAAUGUCGCACAUGCUCAGCCAGCACAUCAGCCCAUUCGAGAUUGAAAGCGUUAUGAGUUCAUUAUAGAUGUUCCAGCCUUCACUCUGCUCCUACACAGAUGUGAAACGUGUGUGUGUGUGUGUGUGUGUGUGUGUGUGUGUGUGUGUGUGUGUGUGUGUGUUUGUGUGUGUGUGUGUGUAAGAAAUCAUUUAUUAAAAAUCAUCUUUGUUCAGGCCUCCAUUUCUACCUGAAUGUCUUCUGUACAUUUUUUGUUAAAAAAAAACUGCUGAGAUAAACAGGAUUAAGAAAUCUUCACAUAAUCUAAUUUGUUCUAUAUACAGUUAUAUUAUACGACCCACACGGUUGAUUGAUAACAAGUAAUACAUUUAAUCUGUGGCUCCUUCCACCAUUCUUUAAGGCUUUAAACACAUGCUAUAGAUGAGGAAUAAGAUUUCAUUUUAAAGUGAGUCUAUUAUCAGGAUACAAACAGGGUUUUCAUUACCGAUGUCUUUGUCAUGUGUGUGAUUUUCAUUUUAUUUCCUGUCACUUUUAUUUAGCAAGAGAAUGUAAUAUGCUGUCCACUCUAUGAAUGUAUAAUUUCUUGAUUCUUUUGAGUUUUCAAUAAAGUAAUAAAACAACCAGGA